AUAUUGAUGUUUCUCUCCUAAAGGUAAUUAACCUAAUGUUCAACGUCACUUGCUGAUUAUUUGAUAUCUAUUAGUUUUCCAGCAACGAUCACCACUUGACUACAUUACCAUCGUCAAAUUGUUCCUCUAAUUAAGUGAAGAGUUUUAAUUUUAAUCCUAAUCGUUCACUUGGAAACCAAAUUAAUACAUAAGAUUUAGAAAGGUUAAAUAAGAUAUGAAUUAAGUGAAUAAUGUUAAUCACUAAUCUAUCUAGAACAUUUUUAAGACGGGGAGGUGUCAAGUUGUUGAAAGGUGAUAGGAUUAAUCAGGUUUUACGAACAAUGUCAACCAAUAAUUCUGAUUCUAUUAGGCCUGCUGAUCGACUUGAAGGCCAUAAAUUGAGUGUUUGGAAUGAGUUUAUACAACUUGCAAUUGACCACAAGCCUGUUAAUUUGGGUCAAGGGUUCCCUGACUAUCCAGCUCCGGCUCAUGUGACUAAAGCAUUAGCGGAUGUUCAAAAUGAUACCAAUAUCCUCUUGCAACAAUACACCCGAGGAUUUGGACAUCCACGUUUGGUAAAAGCACUUGGUCAACUCUAUUCGAAGCUUCUUCAACGUCCUAUUGAUCCCAAUAAUCAGAUUCUGGUCACUGUUGGAGCUUAUGAAGCUCUUUAUGAUUCCUUCUUGGCUUGGGUCAAUCCUGGAGAUGAGGUGAUCAUCAUUGAGCCAUUUUUUGAUUGUUACAAACCUAUGGUUGAACUUGCUGGCGGUAAACCCGUUUUUAUCCCCCUCAGGCCUCCUGCUAAUGCUUCUGGAGUAAUCUCAAGUGGAGAUUGGAAGCUCGAUAUGACUGAGCUUGAAUCAAAAUUUUCCAAUAAGACAAAGAUGAUCGUUGUUAAUACACCUCACAAUCCUCUUGGAAAAGUUUUCACUCGAGAAGAGUUGACACAAAUCGGUGAUCUUUGUAAAAAGUAUAACGUUAUCGCUUUGAUGGACGAAGUCUAUGAAUGGAUUGUAUUCAAAGGAAAAGAACAUGUUAGAAUGGCAUCUUUACCUGGAAUGUGGGACAGGACAAUUACCGUUGGAUCAGCUGGGAAAACCUUCUCAUUAACUGGAUGGAAAAUCGGAUGGGCUUAUGGAUCAGAAAAAAUGAUGAGACCUUUACAAUUGAUCCAUCAAAAUAGUGUCUAUACUUGUGCUACACCUUUACAAGAAGCUAUUGCUCGUGGAUUCGAGAUUGAGAUCGCUAAUCAUGGUACCAAUAAAUCUUAUUGGAAAGAGCUAUCAGAUGAUCUGGAAGAAAAACGAGAUCGAAUGGUUCAAGUUCUUACAAGUGCCAAUAUGAAUCCAACUAUUCCAGAAGGAGGUUAUUUCCUGUUAGCCGAUUUCUCUAAAUUAGCUGAACGUGUUAAUUUCUCUAGUAUUGCAACAGGAACAAAAGAUUAUCGUUUCACUAAAUGGCUCAUAACUGAGAAGAAACUCCAAGGAAUCCCACCGAGCUUUUUUUACUCUGAGGAACAUGAACAAUUAGCUGAGAAUUUCAUUCGAUUCUUUUUCAAGAAACAAGAGACUUUAGCUCAAGCUGGAGAUAUAAUUAAGAAUCUUUAAAUAAGUUACGAUAUUUUUUCUUAAUAGUAAAUUAUCAAAAUUUCAUUGAGAAAAAUUUUCUCCGAAAUCUAUCAUUUGACUUUUGAUCAUGAGGAUGAAUUAUACUCGGAUUCGCAUAUGAAAAUAAACUUUAAUCUAGUUUGCUGAUUAAAAGACAGAA